GAAACGUCACGGCACGCCACAAGUGUGGACCUUGUUUUUUGAAGGAGUUUUAUUUUUAGGUGAAGUAAGCAAAGAAACUCUUGUAACUCUCUCCAUCUCACGCUUACUUUACAAAUAUCUCCUCGUUUCUCUCUCUCUCUCUCUUUCCUCUUCUUUCAUGGCCGUUACUGGCUGAGGAGCAAUCUUAAAUUCUUUCUUCUCUUCUCUCUCUCUCUCUGGUUUUACAACGAUGACGAGUCUUGUGUUUGGCCAGUCGCUGGGUUUAACUCUAUUCGGUGAUGGCAAUUCAAGAAGACAAGGUGUAAAGUCUAAGUUUCUCUUUGUGAAUCGGAGGAGACUAGCUCGUGCAGCUCUUGUUCAAGCUAGGCCCAGGGGGGAAGAUGGAGCUGCCCCAAGUCCUCCCUCAUCCUCGUCAAGACCAACCCCUGCGCCUGUUGUACAAUACAAACGUGCUGAUCUCGCGGAUGAUCUUCAAGCGGAGGGGCGUGCUCUUGGUCGUGCUGUCGACGCUUCUGUUUAUUCCCCGGAGCUUAUCGCCUGGAAACAUGGCUCUCAGCCUCUCAAGGCUUUGCGGAGAAGUGUGGAGAUAUUGACAGCUUUGGGUGGCUUCGCUCUGAAACUUGGGAUUGAUCAAAGGCAAGGGAAGCUAGAGCUGAACAUGAAGAAGAGAGCCGGUGAGCUCCGAAGGAUCUUCACUCGUCUGGGGCCCACUUUUGUUAAGUUGGGUCAAGGUUUAUCCACCCGACCCGACCUCUGUCCUCCCGAUUACCUCGAAGAGCUUGCUGAGCUUCAGGAUGCUUUGCCAACCUUCCCUGAUGCAGAGGCCUUUGCUUGCAUCGAAAGAGAGUUGGAUUUGUCUUUAGAAUCCAUCUUCUCCAAUAUAUCCCCCGACCCAAUCGCAGCGGCCAGUCUUGGCCAGGUUUACAAAGCCCACCUGAGGUACUCGGGUCAGGUUGUUGCUGUCAAAGUCCAACGCCCCGGGAUCGAAGAAGCCAUUGGUCUCGACUUCUACCUCAUCAGAGGAGUUGGGAAACUCAUCAACAAGUACGUGGACUUCAUCACCACCGACGUCCUCGCCCUUAUCGACGAGUUCGCCUGCAGAGUUUACCAGGAGCUCAACUACGUCCAGGAGGCCCAAAACGCCAGGAGGUUCAAGAAACUGUACGCUGACAAAGCUGAUGUUCUUGUGCCCGAUAUCUUCUGGGACUACACCAGCCGCAAGGUGCUGACGAUGGAAUGGGUGGAGGGGACUAAACUGAACGAGCAAGUUGCCAUCGAGAGUCAAGGUCUGAAGGUUCUUGAUCUCGUGAACACAGGAAUCCAGUGCAGCCUAAGGCAGCUCCUGGAGUAUGGUUUUUUCCACGCUGACCCUCAUCCUGGUAACUUAUUGGCAACACCUGAUGGGAAACUCGCCUUUCUAGACUUUGGCAUGAUGAGUGAGACGCCGGAGGAAGCUAGGUUUGCGAUCAUAGGCCAUGUUGUUCAUUUGGUCAACAGAGAUUACGAAGCCAUGGCUAGAGACUACUACGCUUUGAAGUUCUUGUCUCCUGAUGUGGAUGUUACUCCCAUCAUACCAGCUCUGAGAGACUUCUUCGACGACGCGCUUAACUACACGGUCAGCGAGCUCAAUUUCAAGACAUUGGUUGAUGGUUUAGGUGCUGUCUUCUAUCAGUAUCCGUUUGAUGUCCCUGCCUACUACGCUUUGAUCCUGAGGUCGCUCACCGUGCUCGAAGGUUUGGCGCUUUACGCAGAUCCUGACUUCAAAGUGUUGGCUGCGUCUUACCCCUACUUUGCCAAGAGGCUUCUCACUGAUCAGAACCCGUAUCUGAGAGAUGCGCUUAUCGAGCUACUGUUCAAAGAUGGGAAGUUCAGGUGGAACAGGCUCGAGAACCUUCUGCAACAGGGGAGCAAAGAUAGGGACUUCUCGUCGAAAGACGCUCUGCAGCCUGUGUUGAAGCUGCUGCUAGAUCCAAACGGAGAAGAGCUUAGAGUGCUGGUGAUUAAAGAAGCUGUGAGAGUCAGUGAAGCGUUUGCACUUGGAAGUGUUGUCGACACGUACAAUUCCAUGCCUGAGUUUAUGAGGUCUCUCGUCUUCAAUGGUAAUGGGAAUGGUGGUGGCCCUCUGACAAUGAAUCCCACGGAACUGGAAAGCACGCUCGAGCUAAGAGACCAGGUCGCAAGAAUCUGGGGGCUUCUUCAGUCUUCAGAAAGCUUUGACCCAGCUAUUUUGCAGCCAAUAGUACAGGUGUUGCAACAACCGGAAGCAAGAAGACUAGGAGGACGUGUUGCAGGAGGUGUAGGGCAACGUCUAGCAGCUAGGUUUCUGCAGCAACUCCUUCGAGCCACAACACCAUCUCCUUCACCAGUCCCGUAGUUGCUUCUUUUCUUGUCAUCAUCGUAAUGGUAAACUGUAUAUUAAAGGCGAGACACAUUCGCAAACCACAGAAUUGCUUCACGUUAUAGUAAUAUAUAUAGUGUCAUUCUUUGUCUUUA